AAUGAGGACAGCACUGGUCUUCCUCUGCCUUUUGGGAAUCGCUUGUGCCUUCUCAGUAAAAAACUUCCGAAGAAGAUUUAAAGCAGAGGAUUCAGAAGAAAAUGCAGUAUUCAAGAACAGAUUUAGGUAUUUCCUUUACAGAUACCCCUAUCACUACCCACCUAUGAAAAGAUAUCAGUUUCGCAGUGACUCAUCAGAAGAAGGCUAUGGUGGUGAUAGUUCAGAGGAGGAGGAAGAAGAAGAAGCGGGGCAGUCCAAUGAAGAAAACAAAGGUGGCAACGAGAAUGAAACUGAAGAAGCUGCCACAGAGGCACCUUCUGGGAAAGGGACAGCUGUUAAAGGACAUGGCAAACCUCCUAAGCAGGUGCCAGUGAGAAAAGAUCCUGUUGCUACUCCAGGGAAAGGAGCUGGGAUUAAAAAGGGUGAAAAAGACAAAGCUCCCGAACAAGGAGGGAAGAAAGAAGGCUCUGAAAAUGAGGAAGACAGUGAUGAAAACGAAGAAGAAGAAAACGAAGAAGAAGAGAAGGAGGAAGAGGAGAAAGUGGAUGAGAAUGAACAAAGCGUUAACGGCACUUCUACCAACAGCACCGCAGAAGAGAACGGAAAUGGAGCCAACGGAGAGGAGGAAGAGGAAGGUAAUGAAGAGGAAGUGAAGGAAGCAACCACCGUGAUUCCUACCACUGUGGCCCCUACUACCAUUAUCUCCACGACAGAGUAUCAGGAGCAGUAUGAAACUACCACUGAAGACCAGUGGCAAUAUGUGACCCCAGAAGAUCCGUGGCAGUACGACACCACCACCGAAGACCCGUAUGUUUAUGACACCACCACUACCACCGGCUAUGAAAACGGCUACGAGACACAAACUGAUUACUAUGAGAACGAGAAAGGGCAGCCCCGCGGAGACACAUUCAGAACAUACGAAGAUGAGUAUAGUUACUACAAAGGGCACGGGUACGAUGUUUAUGGCCAAGACUACUAUUACAACCAGUGAAGAAAUGAAGCCAUUGGCUUGGCAUGAUUAAUGAUGA